AUGGCACUUGACCGUCUUGGCUCUGGGUCUCAUCGGGAUCGUAGGCAGUCGUGCCAGCACCGCCAGCGGAGGCAGUGCCACCGCACCACCUUCGAAGAUGAUGUUCUCGAUGAUGAAACGCUUGGUUGUUUCGUUGUUGUUGGCCACAACAAGUUGCAGGCGCCGGGGAGCAUGUCGGCUGGCAUCUCACGCGGGCGUUUCCUCGCCCCUCCGGAGGAUGAUGCACCACCCACCGGCGCGGCGUUGAGCGGUGGAGAGGGCGGCGACGGCCACUGCUUCGUCCCUUCGUCCGCUGCGUGCCUCCGGCCCUUCCUCUUGACCAACUACACUGCCCGCUCUUCGAGCGUCAGCUUCUUCUUCUUGGGUGGCGUGACGGUCUUGCGGGUACUGUACCACUACAAGGGAAAAGAGGACAAGUAUUGCUCUGAAGUGAGAUACGCUUGGGGGCAGAUUUUGGAGAACUCUUGGUCUAAAGUGAAGGAUGGAAGUGAAGAUCCUGUUCUUGCAAAAGACGGAAAUUCCUUGAGUUCUUCUGAAAUGAGGUCAAUUUCUGACAGAAUUCCCUCGAGCCCUCUUCGGGUACCUGCAAGUCCAUCUAGAUUUUCAUUAUCUUCACCGCCAAGUAGAAAUGAUCCAUUGAACCUCAGUCUUGAAACGGUUAUUAAACUGACACGUAACUUUUCGCCGGCCUUGAUGAUUGGCGAAAGUUAUUUUGGAAAGGCCUACAGAAUGGACUUGCAAAAUGGCCUUAUUGUGGCUAUUAAAAGGGCAAGAAAGUUACUUGGAUAUAUUGACAAAGGGAAUGAAAGAAUUGUCAUAACCGAGUUCGUGGCAAAUGGCACUCUUAGGGAACAUUUGGAUGGACUACAUGGGCUAAUAUUGGGCUUCGGUCAGCGUCUUGAAAUAGCCAUAGAUGUCGCCCAUGGAUUAACUUAUCUGCAUCUAUAUGCAGAGAAGCCCAUUAUACACCGGGAUGUGAAGUCAUCAAACAUUCUACUAACUGAAGGCUUCAGGGCAAAAGUAGCCGACUUCGGAUUUGCAAGAAUUGGUUCAACAGAUCCAGGCCAGUCAGAGAUUCAAACUGAUGUGAAAGGAACAGCUGGCUAUGUGGAUCCAGAGUAUCUGCGGACAAACUAUCUGACAGUCAAGAGUGAUGUGUUCUCUUACGGCAUCUUGCUCCUGGAAAUCCUAUCAGGUCGUCGUCCUAUUGAGGUGAACAGAGGAGGAAGAGAAAAGAUUACCGUGCGAUGGGCCUUCGAGAGAUAUAACAAAGGCAAUGUCCAGGAGAUACUGGAUCCGAUGUUGACCGAAGCAGUAAACGAGGAUAUACUGAAUAAGAUUUUCGAUGUGAUGUUCCAAUGCGUCGCUCCUACCCGCGCUGACAGGCCACAUAUGAAAGAGGUUGUGGAGAAGCUCUGGAAGAUACGGAGGGACUACGCUAAAACCCAAAACAGAGCAGAAGGGUCUCUUUAA